UGUGUGCUAAUAUAUAUGUACGCAUUUCAAUCAGAGAACAAAAUGGAAAAAUGUUAUACCGAUUUCAACCCUCGGCGAAUAAAGAUGUUACCCAAUGGAUGGACACCCAAGCAUUGGCUGCUCCUCCUGCUCGUUUCCUGCAUCUGCGUCAUCCAGGAAUCCAAGGCAGCCAGUUUCUGCACCAAGGCCGAUCAAUGUGCUUUGGAUGAGGAGAUCAAGAAAGAUACGGUUCAAGCCCGCUACGAUCACACCCGCAUCUACCAAGUUGAACUGGCCACUGAGGAGCAUGUGCGUCUCUUUCAGGCUCUUGAGCAGGCUAGCGAUUCCUGCUCCUUCAUGGGUCAUGCCCGACAACCGGAACAAAAGCUUACCAUUAUGGUAACGGGUGCAAAGGUGGCCGACUUCGAUGACCUGGUGCACACUUACAAUGUGACCCAUCGGGUGCUGAACUACAACUUCCAGGCUCUGAUCGAUGCCAACUAUCUCGAGGUGGCCCCAGAAGAUACAAAGCCCGAGGAAUUCGACUGGAAACGGUAUCAUCCGCUGGAGAGUAUCAACGCCUGGCUGAAGAAAUUUGCGGAAACGCAUCCCGAAGUGCUUUUAGUGGAAUUGGGCGUCAGCGCCCAGGGAAGGCCCAUCCUAGGUGUGCAAAUCUCCUUCGACUAUGAGAAUCGAACCACUGUCUUCGUGGAGAGUGGCAUCCAUGCACGCGAAUGGAUUGCUCCGGCCACGGCUACAUACAUCAUCGACCAGCUGGUGAACUCCAAGGAUCCAGCUGUCCAGGCACUGGCUCGCUCCCAUAGGUGGUACAUCUUCCCCACCGUUAACCCAGAUGGAUAUCAGUAUACCUUCAAGGGCGAUCGCAUGUGGCGCAAAAAUCGUGCUUCCUUUGGCAUUUGCCGUGGUGUGGAUCUCAACCGGAACUUCCCAUUCCACUGGAACGUCACCGGAGCCAGUGGAGAUCCCUGCCGCUAUGACUACUCGGGACCAUCGGCUGCAAGUGAGCUGGAAACCCGAUGGAUGAUCGAGUUCAUAAAGUAUCACGUCGAAAUGGAGCGCAUACGUACAUUUAUAUCGCUGCACAGCUACUCCCAAAUGAUCAUGUUUCCCUACGGACACAGUGCCGAGCGUGUGGACAACUAUGACGAUCUGUAUGAUAUUGGUAGGCUGGCGGCCAAGAAGAUUAAGGAAGUGAGCGGCAGGAUCUACAAGAGUGGCAGCAUCUACGAGACCAUCUAUCCCUCAUCGGGUGGCUCAAAGGAUUGGGCCCAUGGUCAGCUCAAGAUACCGAUUACCUUCUCCUACGAGCUCCGUGGACCCGCGGACAGCGAGGAUCUGUUCAUUCUGCCCGCCAAGGAGAUCGAACCCACCGCGGCCGAGGCCUUCGCAUCCAUCCAAACGAUCGUGCGGGAGGCAGGCAAACGUGGCUAUUACCAGUGAUCAGGGGCUCCGGCUCCAACUGAAAUUCCAGCAUCAACUAACUACAAAUCCGAAUCCGAAUCCGCAGCCAUGCAGCACCAUCUGAUGGGGAUGAUGAUGAUAAAUGUCGUCUGGCCGUGGCAGUUCACAUGAAAAACACAUUACGCGCCAUCGUUUCUUAAUGCUAAAUAAUGAUGGCAAAAUCAUGACACAAAACCUCAUAAUAAUGUUGGUAAAUCAAAGCAAAUAUAGUCAGACUCGAACAACCUUA